ACAGCCUGAUCAGAACCGUGUAAAUCUAAUGAGUAGACAUUCAGUGCAAUCCUAUGCAUGCCUACUCAGAACUUCGUGACCAUCAUGGAUUCUCUCUACACCAGUGGCAUUUGGUUUGCAGAGAUGCUCCAGAUGGGUCUGCCUGGCUCGGAAGACUUUUGGCUUUGGGUGACCUUCCUGGGUGACCCAAAAUGCAUCUUCAUUAUUUAUUUCCCUCUUGCUUAUUUCCUGCUGGACCAGAAAGUUGGAGUCAAAGUGCUCUGGUUGGGUUUAAUCUCUGAAUGGCUCAACUUAGUCUCUAAAUGGUUCUUAUUUGGUGAACGGCCGUUCUGGUGGAUGUUUGAAUCUGGAUUUUCCCAAAAAGGAGAAGUCUUUCCCCGCCAGUUCCCUGCUAGUUGUGAAACAGGACCAGGCAGUCCCUCCGGUCACUGCAUGAUUACUGGUGCAGCCCUUUGGCCAAUAAUGAAUAUGCUGACCAAACGAAUAUCUCAGCACUCCAAAAGCUGCAUUGCAAGGAUGGUGCCCUUGGCAGCUUAUCUCCUCCUCCUGCUGGCCGUGGGCCUGUCGCGUAUCUUCAUCCUCGCUCAUUUUCCCCACCAAGUCAUUGGUGGCACCGUGGCAGCGAUCAUCCUGGGCUGGCUGCUAGAAUCCUGGGUACCACAGGACAGGGGGCUCCAAUUCUACCUGUGGGCUUCCAUGUCCCUUUUGCUAAGCACCCUGAUGACGUACUGGACGUUGGUUGCGCUCGGUGUAGAUCUUGCUUGGUCAAUCAACCUUGCCACCAAGUGGUGCUUGAACCCCAAAUGGAUCCGCAUGGACACGCGUCCCUUUGCCUCCCUGUGCCGUGAUGCAGCCACAGCCCUCGGGCUGGGACUGGCCUUGCACUUCCGCCGUGCCCAGGUCAAGCAGGAGAGGCUCGGGUGGCCUUGCAGGGCUUGGUGUGCCGCCCUCGCCCUCGUUGUCUUGCGCCUUCUCAGUGACAUGGGGCAACCGCAGGAAGCGGCUCUCUGGUAUGGACUGGCGUUUGUGAAGUAUGCCACGUUCCCAUGGAUGGUAGUCACGCUGCUUCCCAAAAUAGUUCUUGCUGUGGCCUCUAGGGCAACACCACCCCACAAGGAGUAGCUUGCAGGAGGAACGAGAUGCUCUUUGGGAAGGCCCAGCAGUGAGGGACCCCCUCAGGAUCACGAGCCUUUCCCUGCAGGCACCCCCAUCCACCCUACUUGACAUGCAGUCGGUUUUUCCACUCAAAGACAUUCUAGAUUUUGCCUCAGAGCCGGUUCAUUCAGACAGGCCAGUACAUUUUCUCUCCUGGUCUAAACAGCUGUACCAAAAAGCAACCCAACAUCCUGGCUAUUUCUUUCCUCAUUGCCUCCACAUGUACAUGCUUAUCCCAGCUCGACUAAGAAGUAUGGUUUUCUUGUGUGCCCGUGGCGGUUUACAGUUCUGUUCAGCUCCCGGCACGGCAGCCCAAAUGAUUUUAGGAAGGCCUCUCCAGUGGCAGGAAUCUGGGACAGGCUGCCUGGUGACCCAGCGGAAUGGAUAUCACAGUGGGCAGUUCAGAGCUGGCCCAACAAGGGUGCGUCUCACUUGGGUCAGGCGGAGCUGAUUUGUGAGGCAGGAGGAGGUGCUGGGUGGUCUUUCACUCCUACCAGUCACUGGGUGCUAAAAGAUCUCUGGUCCAAUCUUUUCGGUGGAAGGAUGCUUUCCCCCCUAAGCUUCCCUGCCAUGCAGAGAGGGAGUUUUCAUUGGAAGGGCAAAAUGCAUGAAAAGAAAAGGCACAACCUUCCCUCCUGCACCCCCAGAUUCACCCCUCCCCGCCAACCCCAGCAUGGUAACUAAGCUUAGGAAAAGCUUCCCAUAGGCUCCAGUGUCUUCUUCCCAUAGGCUCCAAUUAAGCCCCUAAGCUUAAUUACCAUUUGGGUGGGGAGUUGCAUGAUGUGAGGAGGAGGGUUUCUUCUUGCCAGAACAUCGUGCUGUUUCUUGGAAACAAGUUUGGCUCAGACGUCCUCACUUUUGGUGGAGUAGACAUUCACGUAUGUACCUGAAAUGGUUUCUGUACAGUACUGAGAUCCCACCCACAAAGAGUGGUGCACGCAUUAUUCCUGCGUUGAGUCCACCAAGCUUAGAUCAGUGAAUCAGAGUUGGAAAGGAGGCUGAUGAGGUCGUCAGCUUAGGGCAGAGAACUCAAGGGAAGAUCUAACUUGAGCCUUGUAGCAACAACAAAGCGGUAGCUUCAGUCAUAGGCAAGGCAGGACAGGGCCUUUCUCGUCUGCUGAUUUGCUCUGCCUUAGUGCUAGAGCACUUCCCUAGGUGCAGAAUCGCUGGCCGCAACGGCAGCUGGCUUGCUGCUUCGAGUGUCAAUCCUCCAACCCAGAGGGAGCCGUGCAGGUAGCACUCCUGCCUGGCAAGGAGGGCACUCCAGUCCCUGGUCAAAAGCACCUGCAUCUGUCCACGCAGGCUUCCAGGCUUCCAGUGAUGAAAUGGCAUCAUUCCCCACUCAGCUGGGUAGUUCAGAUGCGAGUGGCCACCCAGUAAUUGCUAAUAAUUAAUCAUCCUGGGAUGCAUUCCAGAGCAGAGCGGCCAUUCCCUCCCCCCCGCCCCCCAAAGUUUUUCUCCUGUAAUUGUAAUUUUCUAGUACCACUCAGCUUUUGAUAUGGAUGCAACACUCCUUCCUAACAUGAACUCUUGGGGAACUUUCUGCAUAAACAGUGGAUGAGGAGACCUGCCUUUGUUGGCCUGAUGUGGCCACUCUUGUUCCCUCCCAAAGCUCCACUCCUUCAGAGAUGAGCGGCGGAGGCAGAAAAAGGAAUCUUGCUGUUUUCCCCCAUUCCCUCUACAGAGUGUGCAGCUCACCCACUUAAGUGGGAGCAGGCACGGUAUGCUCAGUGGGUUGCCUGCCCCGCUCAGUGGAAGAAGGGACAGGGCAGAUAGAGCUGCUCCAGCUGAGGGAUAAACAUCCAGGGGGACUAGACUUCCCCUGAAAUUUGGCUUCAUUGUGUUGUUGAGCCUGAAGCCCAGCAGGUGCAAAUAUGCUCACUUCAACCCUAUAAGUAGAUAAAGCUGGAAAAUAUCCCAGGCUAUUUAACAUGUCCCUGUAGCAUCUUUUCAACCUGCCUCUCACAAAAAGAAUCUCACAGAAUUGGAGUUGGAAGGGGCCAAGAAAGCCAUUGGGUCCAACUCCCUGUUGGUGCAGGACACCAGUUUACAC